AUGCAGAAUCGGAAACUGCCAACAUGGCGGCGACAACCUGUCGCAUCGCGAGGCCAUACUCGUUUUCCCGUCUGGCAGCGGUGCUACCAGCCUGUGCCUAAGCCCUCAGGGCCCAGGCUCGAGUCCCGCCGACGUAUCUGCUGUGGCGCCAGCAAGACUACUCUCUGCCACACCCUGACAACGGCACACGAAAGAGGUGGGCCUCAUAGUAAAUGUCGCCCUCUUCACAUGCUCUGCAGACAGACGCUGUUAUGCGUUUAUUUUUUUUCCACUUUCGCUCCUAUUCUUGACCAAUUUUGGGCUCCCAAAUGCGGCAGAAUUUGUGUUUAUCAGAUGCGUUUACCCUAUUUCGUUUAA